AUGCUAAGAAAGCCGUCCCAUUCGCAAUACUUCAUGGCUUUCAAACCCAAAAAUGAAUUUUAUUUCGAGCCCCAUCUACAGCUAGAUCCUAAUUGCACAAGCUCAAUUCGAAUUCUCGACCUGCUACCAGGCCCAAAGAAUGGAGAGAUUAAGACAAGGCUCCGCGUUAUAUCAUUCAACGCAUACCCAAGGCCUUACUAUGAAGCCCUGUCAUAUACAUGGGGGCGGGAUCCUCCAACAGCGUCCGUUACCAUCAAUGAAGUUCAUCAACUUUUAAUCACCCCCAACGCGUUUGCGGCCUUGGAAAGCCUCCGCUUCCGCCGAAAGAUACGGACCAUAUGGAUAGACUCUAUUUGUAUCAAUCAGGAAAAUAAAUCGGAAAAGGACAUUCAAGUGCCACUUAUGGGCGACGUAUACAGGUAUGCCGCAGUCGUCAAUGUCUGGCUAGGGCGCACAAGCAUGAACCCAGAUUCAGGUAUCAGAAUAGGCAGCUUGUUCGACUCUGGGCUUUGGGUCAAGGCCUGGCGGGCGGCUUACAAGGACGUCACUGCCAAAACGAUUGGGCCCGAGGGUGCAAUCAACGCACCCACAACCAGACGUCUUGUCUGCAAAGAGGCUGUUUCUAGUGCUCGAUCUGAGCUUGAUUUAAUCUGGCACUAUCUACACGGCCGACACCUUGCCCUCGCCGCUGCUAUUGAGGAGAAUCUACCAUGGCAUGAGCGUCUCUGGAUCGUCCAGGAAUAUCUACUCGCUAAGCGGCUACAGUUCGGCUUUGGCUUCCACUGGGUUGAAUGCGAUAUUGCGCUCCUCUUAGACUGGGCAAAGACCAAAACGGAGGCGACCGACUCGUUCAAACAGGCCAUGGGUUUCAAAUUCGCAGCUGCCCGACUAAACCUCCACGCGACGUCAGGCUUGAACUAUACAUGUCUAGGCGAACUACAAAACUUGUUUCGAACCCAAAAGUGCUAUAAACCCCAGGACAUGGUUUACGGAAUGCUGGGCCUCAUUGAUCCUUAUCAGGCGACCCUAAUCCCGGUAAAUUACAACUUGGAUCCGUACAAGGUUUUUGUCCAGGCAACUUACUCGGCGAUCCGGAGCGAAACCACGUUUCAAGUGCUUGAUAUGGUCGAUCUAAUAGCCCGCCGUGAUGAAGAUUCUGGGUUACAAAGCAAGUCUGGAACCUGGAAAGAGCGUCAUGGCGAAACGAGCAAGUUGCUGCCAUCGUGGGCGAUUGACUUUGCUAACUUCCCUGAACAAGGGCAAUGGCAGCAAGGUUCUUGGGAAGAUAUUGAGCUGACUCGAAGGAGACACAAACUUGAAAAGUGUUGCAGUCUAUCUGAUGACUGUAGUCAACUAUACAUCAAGGCCAUUCCCUUCGACAAGAUAGCCACGCACUUCCCUGUUAAGGCGCCCGGAGAGGCGACGGGCCUUGAAGAGAAGGAAGUUGUUUGGGAUUUGUUCCUGAAUGUUAUAAUUCCCACUCUUUAUGCAGUGUUGAAGGCCAGGCAGCUGAUAGUAGCCUCUGGAGACUAUAAUCACCACGCGUCGCUUCCCGCUGCGUCUCUGCUAACGCCACAUGUCACAGCCGAUCAAGUCAAAGAGCUUCUAGAUGAUGACGAAACUCUCUCUCGCCGGUUGAAUGCCUGUUCCUCCAUCGCCAUGAAACCCUCAGCCAAUUUCACCAUGACAGUCUUAGGGGAUGGGGGCGAGGAGCAAGUUAUGUAUUAUCAAUUGACUGGCCCGAGUAUCAUCAAGUCAGAGCAGGACACAACGGUCAACGUGAUCAAGACCGCUUGCUUACUCUGGGCCACCAUCUGCGAUACGCCGUUCGAUAUGCAAUGUGAGGGAAAAGUGAAAGUAGAUGCUGAUGACGCGGAGGCGUUUUUGCAACCUUGUACAAGGUUGCGAGACAACGCAACGGCGACGAGCGGCGGGGUGACGUUCUUUGGUACGUUAUCAGGGGGUUUGGUGGGCAUCGCGCCUCUAGGUGUCACGAUGGACGAUUUGAUUGUUCAAGCGCCAGAUGAAGAGAGCCUUUUAGUGUUGAGGAAGCGGGAUCCGGAUCCGGAACGUGUUGAUGUGACAUGGCAGUUCAUGGGCAGAGCGUUAAUCUUCUCUUUGCACACACUGCAAUCUUGGAAUCGUGACGAGCUCGAGGGCAAGAUGUCUCUUGAUGGGGCACCGAUCUUUGUGAUAUCUUGA